AUGGAAAAGAAAAGAUUUAUUAGAGAUGAUGAUGACGAGGAUGAUGAUUAUGACGAAGAUGAUGGACUAUUCAAAGAAUAUGCAAUAAUAGAUUUAUCAAGAUAUAGAACUGGAGAGAUUGGAUUAAGAUGGAGAACAGAGUUGGAGGUUGUUAGUGGUAAAGGACAAAAGACAUGUGCAAAUAGGAAGUGUUUAGUAUCAAACACUCAACUAAAGAGUUAUGAAGUGCCCUUCAACUACACUGAACACAAUCAUGACAAGAGUGCAUUGGUCAAAGUUGUACUAUGCUACGAAUGUUCAAAACUAUUGCAUCAUUACAACACUGUCAAGAAGAAGAGACUGUUGAAGGAGCAAGCAAAGUUGGCCAAGUUGAACAAGUCAUUAAACAAGAGGAAGAGACGAGAUGAUGAUGAUGGAGAUGGAGAUGGCGAUGAUGGCGAUGAUGUCGACGAUGGCGAUGGACAGGAGGCAGAGCAAGUGGUCAACCAAGAUCUGGCUUGA